UCAACCUAAAAAAAAAUCACACGCCCUAAAGGACGGGGGGGGAUAAUGGGAUUCAGUUCUGAUUCAUGCAUGUAUAUGAGGCUUUGAUCCUUGGGAUCUGGUGCUCUGGCAUAUCGGUUCCCAGCUAUCUUUGUGGUGCUGUGGAAAGUUUUAUGGAAAGCUGAGGUUAUUCACUCAUCAGAAAAGUCAAUUUAGACUCCUGACCCUUGCCAGAAUUUAGAGAAAGGAAUAGAGGUUAUCGGGCAAGUUUGAAGUGUGUGAAGAGCAGCAAUAGAAAAUACUUCUUUAUAUGUGAUACUAGAGCAAAUGUAAGAUCAGUAACUGCACUCUUGCCCCAGAGCUGGAGUUAGACGCCUGAUCAGUGCCAGACUGUCGGGCAACAAAAGGGCUACCAAUAGCUUUGAUGAAAUGAGGUCCAUCAUGGGUAUAGUCCAGAGAGAGUACCCUGUGGAGCUGUGCAAGAAUUUCAGGAACAGCUUUGUCCCAUUGCCCACUUAACACAUGGAAAGGUCACAACAUGAAUGAAAUCAUCCAUCAUCUACUUCAGAACAUUUUAAUCUGCUCCCAAUCUUAUUUCUAGCCUCAGAGAAUAGAGACUAGCAGAAACAUCUAAAGUUCCUAAAGGAGUCUUGUGUUCAAAGCAUACCCAGUUUACCAGCCUCAGACCUUUGCAGAUGGAUGGAUGGCAUCCUUUUUAAUUUUCCCAACUUUGAUCAUUACAUUUUGAUCUUGCAUGUGCCUCUAGAAUAUCUGUACAGGAUCAUGUUAGCAAUAAUACUGGCUUUUAGGGAAGAAGGAAAUUCAUUUCUUUCUUCCAGGAUACAUUUUUUGAUUAGGGUUUUGUACAGAGAGUUAAAGGGCAAACACAGUGAUAUGGGAAUGGUUGUCAGAAAAAGAGAGCACAGUGUUCACCAGUUGGAACACAAUGAUUCUCCUGUCCUGGAUGGAACAAAGUGUCCUAUCUCAAUGUGCACAGUGCACUCAGAGAUGAACACCCAAAAUUUGCCUGGCAGAAGUUAGCUUUGCAGAAUGGCCCCAACACCCAGAAAUAGAUCACUCACCGUAAAUUAAUUUGGUGGGCUGGUAGGAAAGUAGAUUUGAAUUAGCCUGACCAUGGAAGUUUUCUCAACUGAAGGCAACUUUAGGAGCUUUGGGCGUUUCAGUGCUCUCAGCGACUGACAGGUCCAGCUGCCUCCAGUCUGCAGUAACUAUUGUAAAUGAUCUGUGGACCUUAUUACACAAAGGAAGUUUUCAGGUAAACAAAGAUUUCCAUAAUCCUACAGCCCAAAGUGAAACUCCUUAAAAUCUUAAAGGCUCCAGAAAGGCACUUUUAGUCAAACGGCUUCAGAAAAUAGAGAAGGAUUUGUGUUUUAGUUCAAUUCACUCAGAUCUGUUAAGUCAUCUCUCAACUCUCCACUGAUGCAUGCAUUUGGGAGUGCUCAGAUAUAGUCUCUUUACAAUAAAGUUGAAAUUAUCAGAUUAUGUCUUGCUGUUUCCCAUGUUGGUGCUGGGGGUGGGUGGGAAAUAAGGCCUGUGCCUCUAGGACUAGUACAAGGACAGGAGCUGUCUUAAGUUAUUAGGCCUUAAGUUACUCUGUUCCAGUUGGUACUGGCUUCUUCGGGGAAUAAAACUCCCUAUCCCGCAUCUGACUUGACUUCUCCCUUUUCCCCCAGAUCUCUGACAAAAGACUCUGGCGCACUGCUAUCGCCUGUGUAUUCUCUAUUGUGACCUAUCCCAUUGGUAACAGAGGUUCCUAUUGUCAUGGACAUUGCUGCCUUACUAUCCUUCCUCGCCUGCCCUGGACAGCUUUGCAGUGAUUAUACCUGCACAAGGACUCCUUGGCUGAGACAUACCUCCCACAUCUGCCGGUUUCUGCUAUGACUGUGGUAAAGUAAUGAUGCAAAUGGUGACUGGUACUCACUUUUGGGGGAACUAUGUGAUUUUGGUGAUGUCUUCUAGCAUCUGUCCAAGUUUUGCUUCACCACUUCAGCAUGUUGCAAAAAGAAGUGAAGUGGCACCCAACAAACCUAAAAUGAAGCUAGAAGAUAUAUCGGAAGCUCUAUUAAAUUUCUUCAAUCCAGGGACUUGUCGUCCCAAAGAAGAUCAAACAGUAGUUGCUUGCCACGCAGGAGAGAAUAUUAACAAGACUGCUUGUCUGAAAAAUAGAUGUUGUCACUCUUCAAAAAAAAGCAGUCAACUGAAGUGCUAUACCCCACUCAAAGACAGACUUCAGCUGACACUGCGACUGUUUGCACUUGGAAUAGGAGGAAUGAUUAUUUUGGGGUGUCUGCCAUUUUUCUGCUGUACAUAUUUACAGGGAAGUAAGUGUGCCAACCCUUUGCUAAGAGCAAACAAAGAAGUUGAGCAAAUUGUGCAGAAGCAAAGAGAUAGGAGUGAAAACAUUGGUGGCUAUUUACUGGAUUUACUUAGAGAAGAUGCUAAGGACCACAAGCGCAAGAAGAAAGAGAAAAUGCCAACUGAUCUUGAGCAGCCUGGGCAAGACAAGGAUGCCAGUGUAACCUGAGUAGUGAGUCAAGCUCUUGGAAUGGAUGACCCAGUGGUUAGGGCACUAGCCUAGGACUUGUGCAACCUGCGUGCAAUGCUCUGCUCCACCGCAGACUUCAUGUGUGACCAACAAUGGUGAGUCGCUUGGCUACUGUGGUGAUGGGGGAGCCGUGUAAGUUCCUCCAAUAGAUAACUGAGCCCCCAGGCCCAGACACACUGUUUUGGGUUGUCGGAGCUUUCUGUUUUCAUGAGAACUUUCAGCCUAUAUCAUUAGAUGGAAAUAGUGUCAGCCUAGUUGCAAGCUGCCCCCUUCCCUUCUGCCCUUGUGGAAACCCCUCCAGUGGUGCCUUGUGAGUAAGGAGGGAGAUUAGGAUGGGGCAAAAGGGUUUGACUACCCUUUGUAGCAGCACAACUCGCCUCCGGCCUCAUAACGAAUCCUUGGAGUACAUGAAUGCUGACCCUGUCAGAAUUAACAUAUUCCAGUUUCCCCACUACUAUGUGAUUUCUCCCCCUGACCCUGCCCUGUACCUCAGGGUGAUGUCUGGAGCUCAGCACUCAGGGAGCAGAGCUUCUGCAAGAGACACAGGAUUUGUGCUGAAGGGCCUGACUUACUGCAGGCUUCCCAAGAUCCAUCACAGGGUCUCAAGAGAUCCAUGCAUUUUGAGAGCC